CAAAACUUAGGUUAGCUGAAGGCAUGUUCACCUCUCUAGUUAAAUAUGCAUGUCUAUGCUUCACAAUAACAUUGGGUAACUGUCGGCACGCCCCCUUGGCUGCGCUGAGAAGGGUCAUCCGCAGCGGAGAGCAAACCAGGAAAAACAAGGGAAUUUCAAAGCACCGUUUUCUCUGAAGAACAGUGACGCAAGGAGAGUGAAAAUGGUACACAGCAAGCAAAUAAGAGUUUUGGUCCUGAACGACAUGGAGAAGCUUGAAAGGACACUAUUUCGACUGGACCAAGGCUUCGAGCUUCAGUUCCGCCUGGGCCCAACGCUGCAGGGGAAGCCCGUGCAAGUCCGAACCAACUACCCCUCUGAAGGGGAGAAGUUUAUGCGCCAUAAGUUCUGCACCCUAGAAUGGAUCAACCCCACCGAGAGAGAGGAUGACUCUGACAAAUUCUGCACCCUGGACCUGCAAAUAGCAGGGUCUUAUCAAUAUUAUUUUGGACAUGGAAAGGAGGAGAAGAGUGGCGGAGGCUACUUUGUGGUGGAUCCGGUGCUGCGCGUAGGUGCAGACAACCACAUUCUGCCCUUGGACUGCAUCACCAUUCAGACCUACCUGUCCAAGUGCCUUGGACCUUUGCAUGAGUGGCCAGCUAGGCUCCGGGUAGCCAAGGAGUCGGGCUACAACAUGAUCCACUUCACACCCCUGCAGGUUCUGGGCAAAUCCCGUUCCUGUUACUCCCUAGCCAAUCAGCUGGAGCUGAACCCGGAUUUCUCCACACCUGAGAAGAAGUACACCUGGAUGGAUGUGUGCACAUUGGUAGAGAAACUGAAGAAAGAGUGGAACAUGCUCUGCAUCACGGACGUGGUUUACAAUCACACAGCUGCGAACAGUCCGUGGCUCAGGCACCACCCUGAGUGUGGCUACAACCUGGUGAACUCCCCACACCUGAAGCCAGCCUGGGUGUUGGACAGGGCAGUGUGGCACCUCACCUGCGACAUCGCCGAUGGGAAAUAUGAGGACCAGGGCCUCCCCGCCCUCAUCCAGCACAACGGACACCUCGAUAAAAUCCGUGACGUCUUCAGUAGGGAUGUCUUUCCCAAGAUUAAACUUUGGGAAUUCUUUCAAGUUGGUGUGGACGAAGCUGUGGAGCAGUUUCGGAAGCUGGUUGAAAGCGGAAAAGCCGAGAAGAGCAAGCCAGGAGCUGAGGCCCAGCUGACCAUAAUCGAGGACCCUGAGUACAGGCGGUUCGGCUGCACCGUGGACAUGAACACCGCCCUGGCGGUCUUCGCCCCUCACAGCCCAGCAGCUGUUGAGCAAUGCUGCAGCAGCCUCCGGAAGAAGCUGGAGGAGAUGAAUGAGAAACGACUUAAGGAGAUGUACUACCACCAGGAGCAGGCUAUCAACUGCAUUCUGGGAAAUGUAGUUUAUGAACGACUCGCUGACCAUGGACCCAAGCUGGGCCCCAUCACCAGGAAAAACCCUUUGGUGACAAGAUAUUUCACCUUCCCAUUUGAGGAUAUGACGCUGGAGCAGGAACUGCUGUUCAUUCACGAGGCUGACCAAGCCUGCCACUUCAUGGCCCACAACGGCUGGGUGAUGGCAGAUGACCCCCUGCGCAACUUUGCCGAGCCAGGUUCCAACGUUUACCUCAGACGGGAGCUGGUAUGCUGGGGCGACAGCGUCAAGCUUCGCUAUGGCAACAAGCCGGAGGACUGCCCCUACCUGUGGGCGCACAUGAAGAAGUACACGGAGAUCACCGCCAAACUCUUCUGCGGAGUGCGUCUGGACAACUGCCACUCCACCCCUCUCCAUGUAGCCGAGUUCAUGCUGGACGCGGCUCGUGCUGUGAGGCCAGACCUGUACGCAGUGGCUGAGCUGUUCACUGGGAGUGAGGACCUGGACAAUGUCUUUGUGAACAGGCUUGGGAUUGGCUCCCUCAUCAGAGAGGCGAUGAGCGCUGGAGACAGCCACGAGGAGGGCCGGCUGGUGUACCGCUACGGGGGCGAGCCCGUGGGCGCCUUCGUCCAGCCCAGCCUCCGGCCCCAGGUGCCCAGCAUCGCCCACGCCAUGUUCCUGGACGUCACCCACGACAACGAGUGUCCUAUUCAGAUUCGCUCUCCAUAUGACUCCCUUCCCAGCGCUGCCAUCGUCUCCAUGGCCUGCUGUGCGAUAGGCAGCACUAGAGGCUACGACGAGCUCGUGCCCCACCAGAUCUCAGUGGUGAAGGAGGAGCGCCAUUACACCAAGUGGAACCCGGAGGCCGAGGCCGAGGCGGCAGGAGAGGUGAGCCUGGAGAGCGGCAUCAUCGCCGGCAAGGUGGCCCUCUGCCGUCUGCACCAGGAGCUAGCAGCCAAAGGCUUCAUCCAGGUGUACGUGGACCAGGUGGACGAGGACAUUGUGGCCGUCACCCGGCACUGUCCCAGCACGCACCAGUCGGUGGUGGCUGUGUCGCGCACCGCCUUCCACAACCCCAAGACCCACCACUACAGGGACGAGGUACCCCCCAUGUUUAUUCCAGGCAAAAUCGAGGAGGUGGUGCUGGAGGCCCGGACUGUGGAAAGGCACGCAGGGGUGUACACGAAAGACGAGAAGUGCAUUAAUGGCAUGCCCGAGUACACCGUGGAGAUCACAGAGCACAUCCAGCUGAAGGACAGCAGGAUUGUGAAGCAGGCGGAGGUGACGUCGAAGGGCCCCAACGAGUUUGUGCAGGAGAUAGUGUUUGAGCGGCUGACCCCUGGGAGUGUGAUCGCCUUCAGGGUGAGUCUGGACCCCAAGGCCCAGGAGCUGGUGGGUGUGCUCCGGAACCACCUGAUCCAGUUCAGCCCUCACUACAAAUCUGGCAGUCUACCUGACAGCGAUGCUCCAGCUAUACUCAAGAAGCCUUUGAAAUCAAUUAUGUCUAGGCUGACGCUGGCUGACAUGAACGUGCUGCUGUUCCGCUGCGAUGCUGAGGAGCAGGAAGAUGGCGGGGGCUGCUAUACCGUCCCCUCCUGGGUGGCUCUGAAGUAUGGUGGCCUUCAAGGUUUCUUGUCAGUGAUGGCCGACAUUCGUGCGAAAAACGAUUUGGGCCACCCCUUCUGUGACAACCUGAGGCAAGGGGACUGGAUGAUCGACUACGUGAGCAACCGCCUGCUGUCUCGCGGGGGCCCCCUUGGACAGGUGGGGGAGUGGUUCCAGGCCAUGUUUGGGUACCUCAAGCACAUCCCACGAUACCUCAUCCCCUGCUACUUUGACGCCAUCCUGGUCGGGGCAUAUACCACUGCUCUGGAUGCUACUUUUGAUAACAUGUCAAAUUUUGUCCAGACCGGGUCCACCUUUGUGAAGCUCCUGGCCCUGGGCUCAGUGCAGAUGUGUGGGGUAGGCCGCAAGCCCGCCCUGCCACCCCUGUCCCCCGACCUGGAGGACGUGCCAUACCGCCUGAACGACAGCACCGGGAAGAAGGAACAGUGCUGCGUCUCCUUAGCAGCAGGUCUUCCUCAUUUCUCUUCUGGAAUUUUCCGCUGCUGGGGACGGGACACCUUCAUCGCCCUGCGUGGCCUCAUGCUGCUCACUGGUCAGCACCUGGAUGCCAGGAACAUCAUCCUGGCCUUCGCUGGGACGCUGAGGCACGGUCUGAUCCCCAACCUGCUUGGCGAGGGAACCCACGCCAGGUUUAACUGCCGGGAUGCCGUGUGGUGGUGGCUGCAGUGCAUCCAGGAUUACUGCAGGCUGGUGCCCGACGGCACCGACAUCCUCCAGUGCCCCGUGUCCCGCAUCUACCCCACCGACUGCACCAAGCCCCAGGAGCCUGGGGUAGAGGAUCAGCCCCUGUAUGAGGUUAUACAGGAGGCCAUGCAAAGGCAUGCCGAAGGAAUCCAGUUCAGGGAGAGGAACGCAGGACCACAGAUCGACCGCAACAUGCAGGACGAAGGGUUCAACGUGGUGGUGAAUGUUGACCCAGAGACUGGCUUUGUGUCAGGAGGGAAUAAGUUCAAUUGCGGGACAUGGAUGGACAAAAUGGGGGAGAGUGAAAAAGCUGGUAACAAGGGGAUUCCCGCCACCCCCAGGGACGGCGCUGCCGUGGAGAUUGUGGGCCUCAGCAAAUCAGCUGUGCGCUGGCUGGUGGAUCUGUACGAGGAAGGACUCUUCCCCUAUGCUGAGGUCACCGUCCAGAGAGACGAUGUGGAGGUCUCCUGGUCCUAUGAUGAGUGGAAUGACCUGAUCCAGCAAAACUUUGAGAAGAUGUUCUAUGUGUCACAUGACCCCAAGGAUCCCAAUGAGAAGCACCCAGACCUGGUUCACAAGCGAGGGAUCUACAAGGACAGCUACGGAGCCUCCAGCCCCUGGUGUGACUACCAACUCCGGCCGAACUUCACCAUCGCCAUGGUGGUGGCCCCAGAGCUGUUCACCACAAAGCGAGCCUGGGAGGCUCUGGAGAUUGCUGAGAAGAAGCUUCUAGGUCCUCUGGGAAUGAAGACGUUGGAUCCAGACGACAUGGUGUAUUGUGGUGUCUAUGACAAUGCUUUGGACAAUGACAACUACAACACUGCAAAAGGCUUCAACUACCACCAAGGACCUGAAUGGCUUUGGCCAGUGGGCUACUUCCUACGUGCCAAGCUUCAUUUUGCCAAGAUGAUUGGACAGGAGGCAUACGAUGAAACGGUGUACCUGGUCAAGAAUGUCUUGUCUCGACACUAUGUACACCUAGAGAGGUCUUCUUGGAAGGGUCUGCCAGAACUGACCAAUGAGAAUGGCCAGUACUGUCCCUUCAGUUGCGAGUCCCAGGCCUGGUCCAUCGCUACUGUCCUUGAGGUCCUACAUGACCUGUAAAGCAUUAGUUCCUGUGGGUGGAGUUAGUCCUCCAGAAGCCUUCCAGAACCUAACCUCACUUUAUAUAUUUAAUUGAAUAGUUCUCUAAUACACUGCAGAAGCACCGUUUUGUUGAAUUGGGAAAUUCACUCCAUUUAUUCAUUCCAGUAUUCACUGUUUGGAGGGAGGAGUCAUGGGAAUUGUACUUUACACUGCUGAGAUCAGUUAGCACUUAAGCCUUACUUAAGGUACUGAUGUAGAUGCUUCGAGCAUUUGAGUCUACAAGUAAGUCUAAACUUCUUAGGACCAGCCUUUGUAAGCACCGCUAUAGUAAUUCAGGUACUGUACACUGGAGUGUUCACUCUACGAUGGAUUUCCAUCAUGUUUUUCUCUUAUUUUACCUACUUCCACAACAAAUCAAUAUCUCACAGAAAGGUUUGCAAUAAAAAAAAGUUCACUGCACUUUUAGCUUGUUUUGGUUUGGGGGGAAAGGGUGUUUUAUUACUUUGUGUGUACUUCCAACAACGUUGAAUCAUUUGAGGGUGCUAAACAAAAUGGCCUGUAGUUUUGUCUGUUGUGACUUAAAAUAUGGAAAAGCCUGCAAAUGCUGUAGUUGUAUUGCUUGUGUAUUGUCGCAAUGUUUGUGUGUUUUUGAGGUAGCUACCCUCUGUUUGGUGCAUUAUUACCCUGGCUGCCCUGUUCCUGGAAUGCUAGCACAUUUUAGCCCAUGACUAACCACAAUAAUUUUGCCAAAUUAUUGAUCCAAUUAAGUAAUUAGGCUCAUUAAAUUCAAAUUAAGCAAUUAUGUAUUCCAAUGAAAUGCAACCCAGAUGCAUGUCUAAAAUUCCAGGACCAGAGUGUUCGACUCCUGACCCACUUAACUCAUUCCUAAUUAUAUUAAAACUAACUUAAUGAAAAUGUAAUGAAAUAACAGCACUGUAUUUUAUUUGCUGAAAUUGUGCACUUUAUUGUCUGUGUUUGGACCUGCUAACAGUAUAACCUGAUAUUUGACCUUGUCUGUGCCAGUAGCAACAUUUCCAUUGGUGAAUUUAUAUACAACUUACAGUGUUGAUUUAUAGUUUUGUGCGAUUUGUUUAAUAAAACACAAGCUUUGUGUACACAAAAAUGAGUGUUCUAGAAAAUGUGAGAUAAAUGAUCAAAAUAGCUUCUAACAUCAAUGAUAACUGUUAAACAGCUGACAGUAACUGCUGAAUUUAAAAACUACCUCCAACCAAAGAUUAAUUCAAGAUUACCGAAAUUGUAUGAUUUACUCAAAUCGCCCAGUUUGUGGAAAAUCAGUUUGUGAGCACUGACCUCGAUGGGUCAAUAGUCAAAUGCAUCUUGCACUGCUAGGUAAAUGGCAUUGAAUGCUCUGAUGGAAAUGUUGCUAGUUCAUGUGGUCUAUUCACCCGAGUUGCUGCUUGUUAAGCUGUUUCUGUGGUUAUGAUUAAAAUGGUCAUCAUAAGCAGUUGCUUGUA